UUUCUAUACUGCUUUGUAAGGUCAAUAUGAUUCAUUUAGCUCAACUGUUCGCGCUCUAUUUCACAUACACCAUGAGCUAUCACUUGUGAUGGGUCUUGAAGAAAGUAAAAUUGGUCAAACAAGUAAAGCUAACUGUAAUACACCUAAUUUGUGUCUCUUCGCACCUGUCUCACCUGGAAGAAUAAUUCACCAAUGCACUCUAGAACUAUGGAGAAAAUCUCACCGAGAGCUUUUCAACUUUUCAGAUAAGGUGAUGGUGUGUACUUAUCAAGUUCCACAUGAUUGCUCGUCGGCAUUUUGCCUUACUAGGCAAAAUAUAGUAAACUUCCGAAAAUCUUGUUCUGUUUUCUCACUGAGGAAGCGCAGAGAAUAUACAAAAAUGGCUGAGCAUUUUGAAUAUAAUCACAUUCCUGCUCAUUUAUCAUCUAUACAGAAUUUGCACUUCAAAUCAGUGUUGGACAUUCACAGUGGAUUAGCAGUUGUUCAUUUGGCACGCGAUAUGAUAACUCAAUUUGCAUUAGUCGACUUGCGGAUUAAUAAAUUUCUUGGCUCUUUUGGUCGGCAAACGGUUCUCUUUAGUCCUGAAUCAACUAUAGGAAAAAUAUCACCGGAUGGAACUUACUGUCUGAUUAGACUCCCUUGGUCGAGAAAUAGGAGAGUUUAUAUACUCAAGCUGUACAACUUACGAAAUAGUGAACUUAUCUCUGAACUUCCAUUAGCUAAUUCUUCGAAUUACGAUGACUUAUCAUCGAAUAGUUCCCGUCUGCCAUUGGCUCCAUAUCAAGAACAUAAUAGAGAGUCAAAUAUUCGAUCUUCGUACGAUGUUUUAUCAUCUAGCUCAGUAACUACUGACUUCAAAGGGAAUGUACAAAAUGAGAAUCAACUACAACUAGGUCCAGCUCGUUCUUCUCAAGUGUUGUUUGCUUUCGAUCCACGAUUUGUGAAUUCACGCAUAGCAAUAACGAAUGUAGACUUUCCACACGGACUUAACUCUCACAAAUUGUCUUCCAAUUGGGUCCCAGGAAUACAGGCUACCAUAAGUUUGGUAAAACUACCAACAUGGGAGUGUUUGACAUCAACUAACAAACUUUGUUCAUGGUCACCCUCAAAUCGUCAUGGAUCGCCUUUAAUAAACAAUACUACAUGUAGAGAGCCAACAAGACGAAGACGAUCAUCGGAUGCUAAUCAUAUAGGAGGUUUUCCUAGUCCAAAUUCAUUCAACCAUGCCUUUCCACAUAUUAUGAGCAUAUUUUAUUCAAGAGAUGGUUAUUUUCUAUUUACAAUCACAACAGAGUCUCGAACAUGUCGAUGUUCUAUCAUUAGUAACAAUAAUCAUUCUAUGAAUUCAUUAUCAUCAGAUGUAUCCAGUUACGCUGAUGAUAUUUACAAUCCUUUAAGUUCAAGUCGAUCAACAAACAGCGCAACUGAAAAUAGUCGAACGCAGCAAAAAACCAUGGGUUCGACACAGUGUACUGAAUUAAAUCCACGUUACAGCUCCAAGAAUAAUAGUACAUCCCCAAUGUUGGCUCCUACACUGCCUGGUUGCACCACUUUAUGGCUUACUAUUUUCAAUUCCGACACAUUAGAAAGGUUAAGAAUUUUAAGGUUUGAUCGAUCAAUAUGUCCUAUUCAUACAUGUCCUACCAAUUAUCUACCAGUAAUGAGCCGUUGUGGAUCAAGGAUAGCUUUAAUUACACGACAAGCUGUAGGAUAUUAUAACAGUAAUAGUAAUCAGAAUACCAGUAAUAAUUCACGUGAAUAUUUGUUUCCCAGUUGUAAAACGCUUCCUGUCUCUUUAAGGCACUCCAUUCCAUCUAUCAGUGUAGAAGGUUGUUCUGAUUCACAAUGGACUAUUCAUAAAGGUGCUAGUCAAGAAAUCAGCAAAGAAAAUUCUACAAAGCGAGAAUUGGAGGAAAAUGCGAAUAAUUAA